AUGUAUUUGUAUCAUCUAAAUCUCAAGGUAUUUGUUUGGGGUUUUGGAUGUAUUGGAUUAGGUCCAAAAGUGACAUAUUCACCUCGUCCAACAUUAAUUCCACCGGGUUUAUUUAUACCAGCUAUUGUAAAUAGUGAAUCAUGCAUUAAUUAUGUUGUUGCUGGUUUGCAUCAUUUCAUUGCACAAAGUAAUGAUGGUUUAUUAUGGGCAUGGGGUGCUCCACGUGGUGGUCUAUAUUGUUUAGGCUUAGGCAAACAAAUUACCAAUAAUGCUGAUAAUAGUCAAACUUAUCCAACUUCAUUAUUACUUCCAAUUAAAUCUAAAGAUGUAGUAUGUGGUGUUGAUCAUACUGUUGUGAUUGGCAAAUCGUUUGUUUUCAACAGUCAAAUUAUCGUCAAAAUACUAUCAUCCAAUCGCCGCAUAUUGUUUCGUCCUCAAUUUCGUCAACUAUGUCAAAUCAGAUCAAUAUCCAGUUUUCCAUUAGAUAAAUAUAAUGCUUAUGAUGUAUUAGGUGUAAAACAAUCUGCAACUUCUAGAGAAAUUAAAUUCGCUUAUUAUAAUUUAUCAAAAUGUUUACAUCCAGAUCGAUUACUUCAUACUAAUCCGGAGAAAUUGAAGAAUAAAGAAUUUCACUUGAUCACAGCUGCUUAUGAAUUACUUCGUGAUCAGAAAACUCGAUCACAGUAUGAUCAAUAUUUAGCAAGUAGUUGUUGGAUUCAACCAAAUAGGACUAAUAACUUAACAAAUUUUGAUGAUGAAUUCCAACGUGCUCGUACGUUAUAUGCACGAAACCAGAAAUUCAAUAGAUAUAAAUCAUAUCGAUAUGGACCGGAUCAAGUUGUAGAAGAAUUUAGAAGUAGAAUUAACACAAACGACCACCCUGAAAAAACAUCAAAUUAUUAUGCAUGUAGACCUCAACCACCUACACACUGUCCAUUAUUUUUGUUAACUAUUGUGUUUAGUACAUUUUUAUUGUAUUUUAUAAUGAAAUGUAAUUGA